UAUUAUUCACAAACCCAACUCGUAAAAUAAAUAAUUAUGUGGACAAAAACAAACAGCUACUGAGCAGGGGCUGCACUGGGCAGCAGUGAUGGUGAGGUACCAGGGGCUCCACCGACCAAAGGUCUCGGCUUCAAUGCCACAAGCACGCACCAGGAAAAAGAAACAGAAAUGUAAAGCAAAGCUAGAUCUAGCUAUGGGGAAGUAGAAUGGGUAAAAGUACCGGUAGGUGUUUAGAAAAAUAAAAACAAGAUGAAAAGAGAUUGUUUAUUAUCAGUGUUUGGACUGAUGUACAAUGUACAUGUCAACUUCAUCAACCAAAACUUAUGAACUUUUUUAAUAGAUCUGAAACGAAACUCCCACAAAGAAGUGUAAAGAAAACAAGCUAAAAAACAGAAAAAUAAUCAGGCACCCAUUUUGAUAAUCCAGGGGAUGGCCCACGCCUGGUAAAAGAAUAAACAGAGAAAAGAAAAGAAUCAUAACAAGUUUUUCCAUGUAUGCAAAACACAGCUGAGCACUCUGAGCAAGGCCAGGUACGCGGAUUAGCGGGUCCGGCAAGCGACGAGCUCGAAAAAUUACAGGGAAUCUGUUGCCCAGUACCAGUUGCUGUCUCUCAGGUGUCGGUAGACCUUUGUCUUGAAUGACUGAAAACGUGUUUUGUGUGGGCACUGCGACAGCAGCCUGUCAGGAAGGGAGUUCCAUGCGCCAAUACAGCAGUACGGGAACGACCGCUUCACGACGGAUGGAGCUGAGACAGGGAGCGUGUCUGACAGUUGAUAGGCGUGGCUGGUGGCAUUAUUGUGCUGGUUCCUGGUUCUGGGGUUCAUUGGAGAAACGCGAAGUGUGGGGCUCUGAUAUGCUUGAUAAUGCGGGGCAGCCAAGUGACUCCAUGCCCUUUGAUUCGGGAUGUGUGUUGCUUGGCAGUGAACGAGUCGAUGAGUCAGUCUUGCAUUCAACCUCACUCCUUCAAGGGAAGUGUGGGCCUCAGAUAUGCUUGAUAAUGCGGAGCAGCCAAGUGACUCCAUGCCCUGUGAUUCGGGAUGUGUGUUGCUUGGCAGUGAACGAGUCGAUGAGACAGUCUUGCAUACAACCUCACUCCUUGAAGGGAAGUGUGGGGCUCUGAUAUGCUUGAUAAUGUGGGGAAGCCUUGUCACCCCAUUCCUCGUGAUUCGGGAUGUGUGUUGCUUGGCAGCGUACGAUUACUCCUUCUUGCGUUCAACCCCACUCCUUCAAGGGAAGUGUGAGGCUCUGAUAUGCUUGAUAAUGCGGGGCAGCCAAGUGACUUCAUGCCCGGAGAUUCGGGUUGUGUGUUACUUGGCAUUGAACGAGUGGAUGAGUCAGUCUUGUAUUCAACCUCCCUCCUUCAAGGGAAGUGUGGGGCUCUGAUAUGCUUGAUAAUGUGGGGAAGCCUUGUCACUCCAUACCUGGUGAUUCGGGAUGUGUGUUUCUUGGCAGUGAAGGAGUCGAUGAGUCCUUCUUGCGUUCAACCUCACUCCUUCAAGGGAAGUGUGGGGCUCCGAUAUGCUUGAUAAUGCGGGGCAGCCAAGUGAGUCCAUGCCCAGUGAUUCGGGAUAUGGGUUGCUUGGAAGUGAAGGAGUCGAUGAUUCAUUCUUCCUUUCAACCUCACUCCUUCAAGGGAAGUGUGGGGCUCUGAUAUUCUUGAUAAUGCGGGGCAGCAAAGUCACUCCAUGCCCGGUGAUGCGGGAUGUGUGUUGCUUGGCAAUGAACAAUGAGUCCUUCUUGCGUUCAACCUCACUCAUUUAAGGGAACAGUGGGGCUCUGAUAUGCUUGAUAAAGUGGGGAAGCCUUGUCACUCCAUACCUGGUGAUUCGGGAUGUGUGUUGUUCGGCAGUGAACGAUGAGUCAUUCUAGCGUUCAACCUUAAUCCUUCAAUGGAAGUGUUGGGCUCUGAUAUGCUUGAUAAUGCGGUAGCCAAGUGACUCCAUGCCCGGUAAUUCGGGAUGUGCGUUGCUUGGCCGUGAGUGAGUCGAAGAGUCAGUCUUGCAUUCAACCCCACUCCUUCAAGGGAAGUGUGGGGCUCUGAUAUGCUUGAUAAUGUGGGAAAGCCUUGUCACUCCGUACCUGGUGAUUCGGGAUGUGUGUUGCUUGGCAGUGAACGAGUCGAUGAGUCAGUCUUGCAUUCAACCUCACUCCUUCAAGGGAAGUGUGGGCCUCUGAUAUGCUUGAUAAUGCGAGGCAGCCAAGUGACUCCAUGCCCGGCAAUUCGGGAUGUGCGUUGCUUGGCCGUGAACGAGUCGAAGAGUCAGUCUUGCAGUCAACCUCACUCCUUCAAGGGAAGUGUGGGGCUCUGAUAUGCUUGAUAAUGCGGGGCAGCCAAGUGACUCCAUGCCCUUUGAUUCGGGAUGUGUGUUGCUUGGCAGUGAACGAGUCGAUGAUUCAGUCUUGCAUUCAACCUCACUCCUUCAAGGGAAGUGUGGGGCUCUGAUAUGCUUGAUAAUGUGGGGUAGCCUUGUCACCCAUAACCUGGUGAUUCGGGAUGUGUGUUGCUUGGCAGUGUACGAUGACUCCUUGCGUUCAACCCCACUCCUUCAAGGGAAGUGCGGGGCUCUGAUAUGCUUGAUAAUGCGGAGUAGCCAAGUGACACCAUGCCUGGUGAUUCGGGAUGUGUGUAGCUUGGCAGUGAACGAGUUGAUGAGUCAGUCUUGCAUUCAACCUCACUCCUUCAAGGGAAAUGUGGGGCUCUGAUAUGCUUGAUGAUGUUGUGAAGCCUUGUCACCCCAUUCCUCGUGAUUCGGGAUGUGUGUUGCUUGGCAGUGUACGAUGAAUCCUUCAGGGGAAGUCUGGGGAUCUGAUAUGCUUGAUAAUGCGGGGCAGCGAAGUAACCCCAUGCCCAGUGAUUCGGGUUGUGUGUUGCUUGGCAUUGAAGAAGUCGAUGAGUCAGUCUUGCACUCCACCUCACUCCUUCAAGGGAAGUGUGGGGCUCUGAUAUGCUUGAUAAUGCGGGGCAGCCAAGUGACUCCAUGCCCUUUGAUUCGGGAUGUGUGUUGCUUGGCAGUGAACGAGUCGAUGAGUCAGUCUUGCAUUCAACAUCACUCCUUCAAGGGAAGUGUGGGGCUCAGAUCUGCUUGAUAAUGUGGGGUAGCCUUGUCACCCAUCACCUGGUGAUUCGGGAUGUGUGUUGCUUGGCAGUGUACGAUGACUCCUUGCGUUCAACCCCACUCCUUCAAGGGAAGUGUGGGGCUCUGAUAUGCUUGAUAAUGCGGAGCAGCCAAGUGACUCCAUGCCCGGUGCUUUGGGAUGUGUGUUGCUUGGCAGUGAACGAGUCGAUGAGUCAGUCUUGCAUUCAACCUCACUCCUUCAAGGGAAGUGUGGGGCUCUGAUAUGCUUGAUAAUGCGAGGCAGCCAAGUGACUCCAUGCCCGGCAAUUCGGGAUGUGUGUUGCUUGGCUGUGAACGAGUCGAAGAGUCAGUCUUGCAUUCAACCUCACUCCUUCAAGGGAAGUGUGGGGCUCUGAUAUGCUUGAUAAUGCGGGGCAGCCAAGUGACUCCAUGACCGGUGAUUCGGGAUGUGUGUUGCUUGGCAGUGAACGAGUCGAUGAUAUAGUCUUGCAUUCAACCUCACUCCUUCAAGGGAAGUGUGGGGCUCUGAUAUGCUUGAUAAUGUGGGGUAGCCUUGUCACCCAUCACCUGGUGAUUCGGGAUGUGUGUUGCUGGGCAGUGUACGAUGACUCCUUGCGUUCAACCCCACUCCUUCAAGGGAAGUGUGGGGCUCUGAUAUGCUUGACAAUGCGAGGCAGCCAAGUGACUCCAUGCCCGGUGAUUCGGGAUGUGUGUUGCUUGGCAUUGAACGAGUCGAUGAGUCAGUCAUGCAUUCAACCUCACUUCUUCAAGGGAAGUGUGGGGCCUGAUAUGCUUGACAAAGUGGAGAAGCCUUGUAACUCCAUACCUGGUGAUUCGGGAUGUGUGUUGCUUGGCAGUGAACGAGUUGAUGAGUCAGUCUUGCAUUCAACCUCACUCCUUCUUCAAGGGAAGUGUGGGGCUCUGAUAUGCUUGAUAAUGUGGGGUAGCCUUGUCACCCAUUACCUGGAGAUUCGGGAUGUGUGUUGCUUGGCAGUGUACGAUGACUCCUUCUUGCGUUCAACCCCACUCCUUCAAGGGAAGUGUGGGGCUCUGAUACGCUUGAUAAUGUGGGUCAGCCAAGUGAAUCCAUGCCCGGUGAUUCGGGGUGUGUGUUGCUUGGCAGUGAACGAGUCGAUGAGUCAGUCUUGCAUUCGACCUCACUCCUUCAAGGGAAGUGUGGGGCUCUGAUAUGCUUGAUAAUGUGGGGCAGUCAAGUGACUCCAUACCUGGUGAUUCGGGAUGUGUGUUGCUUGGCAGUGUACGAUGACUCCUUCUUGCGUUCAUCCCCACUCCAACAAGGGAAGUGUGGGGCUCUGAUAUUCUUUAUAAUGCGAGGCAGCCAAGUGACUCCAUGCCCUGCAAUUCGAGAUGUGCGUUGCUUGGCCGUGAACGAGUCGAAGAGUCAGUCUUGCAUUCAACCUCACUCCUUCAAGGGAAGUGUGGGGCUCUGAUAUGCUUGAUAAUGCGCGGCAGCCAAGUGACUCCAUGCCCUUUGAUUCGGGAUGUGUGUUGCUUGGCAGUGAACGAGUCGAUGAUUCAGUCUUGCAUUCAACCUCACUCCUUCAAGGGAAGUGUGGGGCUCUGAUAUGCUUUAUAAUGUGGGGUGGCCUUGUCACCCAUAACCUAGUGAUUCGGGAUGUGUGUUGCUUGGCAGUGUACGAUGACUCCUUGCGUUCAACCCCACUCCUUCAAGGGAAGUGUGGGGCUCUGAUAUGCUUGAUAAUGCGGAGUAGCCAAGUGACACGAUGCCUGGUGAUUCGGGAUGUGUGUAGCUUGGCAGUGAACGAGUCGAUGAGUCAGUCUUGCAUUCAACCUCACUCCUUCAAGGGAAAUGUGGGGCUCUGAUAUGCUUGAUAAUGUGGGGAAGCCUUGUCACCCCAUUCCUCGUGAUUCGGGAUGUGUGUUGCUUGGCAGUGUACGAUGAAUCCUUCUUGCGUUCAACCCCAUUCGUUCAAGGUAAGUGUGGGGCUCUGAUAUGCUUGAUAAUGCGAGGCAGCCAAGUGACUCCAUGCCCGGUGAUUCGGGUUGUGUGUUGCUCGGCAUUGAACGAGUCGAUGAGUCAGUCAUGCAUUCAACCUCACUCCUUCAAGGCAAAUGUGGGGCUCUGAUAUCUGAUAUGCUUGAUAAUGUGGGGUAGCCUUGUCACCCAUUACCUGGUGAUUCGGGAUGUGUGUUGCUUGGCAGUGUACGAUGACUCCUUCUUGCGUGCAACCUCACUCCUUCAAGGGAAGUGUGGGGCUCUGAUAUGCUUGCUAAUGUGGGGAAGCCUUGUCACCCCAUUCCUCGUGAUUCGGGAUGUGUGGUGCUUGGCAGUGUACGAUGACUCCUUCUUGCGUUCAACCCCACUCCUUCAAGGGAAGUGUGGGGCUCUGAUAUGCUUGAUAAUGCGAGGCAGCCAAGUGACUCCAUGCCCGGUGAUCCGGGUUGUGUGUUGCUUGGUGUUGAACGAGUCCACGAGUCAGUCAUGCAUUCAACCUCACUCCUUCAAGGGAAGUGUGGGGCCGUAUAUGCUUGACAAAGUGGGGAAGCCUUGUAAGUCCAUACCUGGUGAUUCGGGAUGUGUGUUGCUUGGCAGUGAACGAGUUGAUGAGUCAGUCUUGCAUUCAACCUCACUCCUUCAAGGGAAGUGUGGGACUCUGAUAUGCUUGAUAAUGUGGGGUAGCCUUGUCACCCAUUACCUGGUGAUUCGGGAUGUGUGUUGCUUGGCAGUGUACGAUGACUCCUUCUUGCGUUCAACCCCACUCCUUCAAGGGAAGUGUGGGGCUCUGAUAUGCUUGAUAAUGCGGGGCAGCCAAGUGACUCCAUACCUGGUGAUUAGGGAUGUGUGUUGCUUUGCAGUGUACGAUGACUCCUUGCGUUCAACCCCACUCCUUCAAGGGAAGUGUGGGGCUCUGAUAUGCUUGAUAAUGUAGGGCAGUCAAGUGACUCCAUACCUGGUGAUUCGGGAUGUGUGUUGCCUGGCAGUGUACGAUGACUCCUUCUUGCGUUCAACCCCACUCCUUCAAGGGAAGUGUGGGGCUCUGAUAUGCUUGAUAAUGCGAGGCAGCCAAGUGACUCCAUGCCCGGCAAUUCGGGAUGUGCGUUGCUUGGCCGUGAACGAGUCGAACAGUCAGUCUUGCAGUCAACCUCACUCCUUCAAGGGAAGUGUGGGGCUCUGAUAUGCUUGAUAAUGCGGGGCAGCCAAGUGACUCCAUGCCCUUUGAUUCGGGAUGCGUGUUGCUUGGCAGUGAACGAGGCGAUGAUAUAGUCUUGCAUUCAACCUCACUCCUUCAAGGGAAGUGUGGGGCUCUGAUAUGCUUGAUAAUGUGGGGUAGCCUUGUCACCCAUAACCUGGUGAUUCGGGAUGUGUGUUGCUGGGCAGUGUACGAUGACUCCUUGCAUUCAACCCCACUCCUUCAAGGGAAGUGUGGGGCUCUGAUAUGCUUGAUAAUGCAGAGCAGCCAAGUGACUCCGUGCCUGGUGAUUCGGGAUGUGUGUAGCUUGGCAGUGAAUGAGUCGAUGAGUCAGUCUUGCAUUCAACUUCACUCGUUCAAGGGAAGUGUGGGGCCUUGAUAUGCUUGACAAUGCGGGGAUGCCUUGUCACUCCUUACCUAGUCAUUCGGGAUGUGUGUUGCUUGGCAGUGAAGGGGUCGAUGAGUCCUUCUUGCGUUCAACCUCACUCCUUCAAGGGAAGUGUGGGGCCCUGAUGUGUUUGACAAUGUGGGGCAGCCUUGUAACUCCAUACCUGGUGAUUUGGAUGUGUGUUGUGAACGAUGAGUCAUUCUUACGUUCAACCUCACUCCUUCAAUGAAAGGGUGGGGCUUCUAUAUGCAUGAUAAUGCGAGGAAGCCAAAUGACUCCAUGCCCGGUGAUUCAGGAUGUGUGUUGCUUGGCAGUGAACGUGUCGAGGAGCCAAACUUACACUCAACCUCAUGCCUUCAAGGGAAGUGUGGGGCCCUGAUAUGCUUGACAAAGUGGGGAAGCCUUGUAACUCCAUACCUGGUAAUUCGGGAUGUGUGUUGUUUGGCAGUGAACGUUGUGUCAUUCUUGCAUUCAACCCCACUCCUUCAAGGGAAAUGUGGGGCUCUGAUAUGCUUGAUCAUGCUGGGCAGCCAAGGGACUCCAUGACCGGUGAUUCGGGUUGUGUGUUGCUUGGCAUUGAACGAUUCGAUGAGUCAGUCCUGCAUUAAACCUCACUCCUUCAAGGGAAGUGUGGGGCCCUGAUAUGCUUGACAAUCCGGGAAAGCCUUGUAACUCCAUACCUCGUGAUUCGGGACGUGUGUUGUCUGGCAGUGAACGUUGUGUCAUUCCAGCGUUCAACCUCACUCCUUCAAGGGAAGUAUGGGGCUCUGAUAUGCAUGAUAAUGUGGGGCAGCUAAAUGACUCCAUGCAUGGUAAUUCGGGAUGUGCGUUGCUAGGCAGUAAACGAGUCGAAGAGUCAGUUUUGCAUUCAACCUCACUCCUUCAAGGGAAGUGUGGGGCUCUGAUAUGCUUGAUAUUGUGGGGAUGCCUUGAAACUUGUAACUUGUAACUCCAUACCUGGUGAUUUCGGAUGUACGUUGCCUGUCAGUGACCGAUGAGUCACUAAACAACCUCAAUCCUUCAUGGGAAGUGUUGGGCUCUGAUAUGCUUGAUAAUGCGGGGCAGCCAAGUGACUUCAUGCCCGGCAAUUCGGGAUGUGCGUUGCUUGGCAGUGAACGAGUCAAAGAGUCAGUCUUGCAUUCAACCUCACUCCUUCAAGGGAAGUGUGGGGCUCUGAUAUGCUUGAUAAUGUGGGGCAGCCAAGUGACUCCAUGACCGGUGAUUCGGGUUGUGUGUUGCUUGGCAGUGAACGAGUCUAUGAGUCGGUCUUACAUCAAAUAUCUGGCGACACUUUGUCUAAAUAGGCAAACCACUUAGGGUCCAGCAAUUCGAUUGUGGAGUCUGAUCCUCUGUCUGCCUGUCUCUCCCUCUCUCAUUGUCUCUCUCUCUUUCCCUGUCUCUCCCUUUCUGUCUCUCUUUGUCUGUCUGUCUCUCUCUCUCCCCUCUCUCUCUGUCUCUCUCACUCUCUCUCACUUUCUCUGUCUUUCUCUCUCUCUCUCUCUCUCUCUCUCUCUCUCUCUAUCUAUCUAUCUAUCUGUCUAUCUAUCUAUCUCUUCUACGACGUCAUCGAGGUCUGCUGCGGCGUCAUGAAGGUCUCCUACAGCAUCAUCUUGAUCUGCUGCAUCAUCAUCGAGGUCUGCUACAGCGUCAUGGAGGUCGGCUACAGCGUCAUGGAGGUCUGCUAAAGCGUCAUGGAGUCCUGCUACAGCGUCAAGGAGAUCUGCUACAGCGUCAUGGGGGUCUGCUACAGCGUCAUGGAGGUCUGCUACAGCGUCAUCCAGGUCUGCUACAGCGUCAUCGAGGUCUGCUACAGCGUCAUCAAGGUCUGCUACAGCAUCAUCCAGGUCUGCUACAGCGUUAUCGUGAUCUGCUGCAUCGUCAUCGAGGUGUGCUACAGCGUCAUCAAGGUCUGCUACAGCGUCAUUGAGGUCUGCUACAGCGUCAUUGAGAUCUGCUACAGCGUCUUGGAGGUCUGCUACAGCUUCAUGGAGGUCUGCUAAAGCGUCAUCGAGGUCUGCUACAGCGUCUUGGAGGUCUGCUACGGCUUCAUGGAGGUCUGCUAAAGCGUCAUCGAGGUCUGCUACAGCGUCAUGGAGGUCUGCUACAGCGUCAUGGAGGUCUGCUACAGCGUCUUGGAGGUCUGCUACAGCGUCUUGGAGAUCUGCUACAGCAUCUUGGAGGUCUGCUACAGCGUCAUGGAGGUCUGCUACAGCGUCAUUGAGGUCUGCUACAGCGUCAUGGAGGUCUGCUACAGCGUCAUGGAGGUCUGCUACAGCUUCAUGGAGGUCUGCUACAGUGUCAUCAAAAUCUGCCGCAGAGUCAUCGAAGAGACCAUCCACACGUGAUGCUGGCUUCCGUUGCUCGUCACACUGACGUGCAUCAAACUGGACAGUGGACAAGUGCAACACACUAUCGCUAUUGCAACCAAGGACUGUGAUGCAGUGGGCAUCGGCAUCCAGCUGGGGAUCGGACACAGAGCAGAGUUGCGGACAUGCAAGCCCAGUGCACACGUGCUGCGUGGAGGAGACAAACUUCACUUUGGUUGCCCUUCAUGGAGCGUUGGAAGAACGUGCAUCGGACUGAACUGUUGGCCACUGUAAUGCAUGGCAUUGCUGCUGCAAACAUCUACAGUGAUGCAGUGGACAUCAACAAUCAACUUAUAAUUUUUCAUGUGUCUGAAAAAAUAUUUUUUCCGAGUGUGCUGUUUGUUUGCCGCUUGUUGCCGCUAUCUUAGUUGUUGUGUGUGGAUCAUGGUCGUCGUUAUGUCAUAGCAGUGGGCUUGUGCACGUGUGUGUGAUGAGGAGAUGCUCCCCGCAUGAAACUAACGGUUGCCAGCAUGACUCCUUGUACCCCAUGGCCUUACAAGGAGCGCAACAUGUAUUCUUCCCCUAUUGUCAACCACUCAGCAGUUUACAGAUUGUUGAAUUCUAAUGCCGGGAGAGCUGGGUGAUUGGAUGUGACAUCGUUGCUUGUAACGUGCAGUGUACCAUGCUUCUGUGGCAUUAUACUGUGCAGGGCCUCGGGGGCCUUCCUGCCGCUUGAAACGUACACCCCAUGCUACUGUCAUAUUCGAUUAGUUGUUCAGUAUAA